CAGCCCUUACCCGGGAUCUGCGGCGUUCACCGCCCAAGCGGCGGCCACCGGCUUCAGCAGCCCGCUCCAGUACUCCACAGACCCGGCCACGGGAUUCCCCUCCUACAUGGUGGGUAACUGAUGAGCGAGGAGCGAACUACCCGCCUCGGCGCCAGCCUUCAGCACCAGCCUCCUCCUGUUCCUCCUCCUCCUCCUCCAUCUUCUUCAUCAUCUUCCUCCUCAUCCAUCGCGCCCCCCCCACUCUCACCUCCGAGGCUGCCUGGGCUGGGCUGGGGGGGUCCGUUUGGAUACAAGCCGCCGAGCAGUGGGCAACUUGCGUUAGGCACACAGUCUGAACUGACGAGAGGGGAGGGCAGCUCUUCUAGUCGUCCUUCCUUUUUUUUCUUAAAUUCUUGUCAUCUUUGGUUCUCUUGUCUUUUCUUUCUUUCUUUCCUUCCGCUAUCUCUCCCAUUUCCCCCUUCUCUCUUUUGUUUUCCUUUUCGUUUCUUUCCUCCUUGCCUUCAUUUUUAUUUUUAUUUCUCUCCCCCUCCCCCUCUUUUUUCUUUUGCCCUUUCCCGUACCUUCUCUCUUUCAUUUCUUUUUAUUUUCUGACGCGCAUAUCUGAGCUUCCUACUUUCCCCUCUUUCUCUUUCCUUCUCUCGGUCCUCCCCCCCCCACCCCGCUUUCACUUAGAUCUCUUACUGUAUGAUUGACAGUGGCGGCGGUUCUGCUGAUUUAAACUGGAGUCCAAGCCGAAACUCGAAAAAGGGGGCUUGAGCUUAGGUGAAGCUUCGGACGAAUUUCCACCUCUGGGCGAUUGCUUCAAAACGUGGUCGCGCUGGCGAUCAUGUGUAUUUUGUAGCUAUUGCACACCGAUGAAGGAUUAAAGAUAGCAGAGCCAAUUGGUCCUGGAAAAGUGGGGCAAAGGGUUCGUUUUGUCUCACCACACAAGGGAUAUCAGAUCGAGCGCCUUUGGCUGGAGUAUUCCCUCUUCCCCCCCCCCUCCACCGCUCCCCUCCCUUUUCUCCCAGCCUGGCGAUCUUUAUUUAGGAUAAUGGGAGCCGAUCUCAAACGCUCCUCUGUUUGACUUUCUCGUGGCAGAAGAAAAGCAGCCGCAAGUUGCCAAGCCUUAUUGUUCCUGGGCUAUUAAGAACAUUAGGGGUCUCCUUACGAUGCCCAUACGACGGGCAUGAGCGGGGCCAUUAGCUACCACCCUUAUGGUAGCCCAGCCUACCCCUACCAGCUAAACGACCCGGCUUAUCGGAAGAACGCCACGCGGGAUGCUACGGCCACACUGAAGGCCUGGCUGCAGGAGCACCGCAAGAACCCCUACCCGACCAAGGGCGAGAAGAUCAUGCUGGCCAUCAUCACCAAGAUGACCCUCACGCAGGUCUCCACCUGGUUCGCCAACGCCAGGAGGAGGCUCAAAAAGGAGAACAAGAUGACCUGGGCGCCCCGCAACAAGAGCGAAGACGAGGACGAGGACUUGGAAGGAGAUGGCGGCGGGAUCCGGGGCAAAGAGGAGACGUCGGACAAAGUGCGGGACAGCAACGAAACGUCAGCAGAGGACGAAGGGAUCAGCUUGCAGGUGGACUCUCUCACCGACCACUCUUGCUCGGCCGAAUCGGACGGCGAGAAAGCCCCUUGCAGGGCCGGGAAUCCACUCUGCGAGUCAGGCUCGGAGUGCAAAGACAAAUACGAGGAGAUCGAGGAGGAGGACGACGAAGACGACGUGGAGGAGGAAGACGAGGAGGAAGAGGAGGCGGCGGGCAGGGCCCUCCCCGAUAAGCCCGUCAUCUCCUCCCCUCUCACCGGGGUGGAAGCCCCUCUCCUGGGCCAUCCGCACGGGGAGGACUCCGCCAGGAACGCCACCAAGGCUGUUUUGGACUCCCGGAUUCCUCCGUCGGCGGCGUCUCAGACGACUCAAGCCACCAAGCCCAAGCUCUGGUCGCUGGCGGAGAUCGCCACUUCGGACCUUAAGCACCCCCACCCGCACCCCCACCACCCCCAUCACCACAACCUGGGCCAGAGCUGCCAGCCGUCGGCCCCGCCGUCUUCCACCCAGCAUAACGCUGCCUACUCGCCCUCCUCACUUCUGGGGAGGCAUAUUUAUUACACGUCGCCUUUUUACAGCAAUUACACAAACUAUGGGAACUUCAACGCUCUCCAGGGCCAGGGCAUCCUGAGGUACAACUCGGCGGCGGUGGCUUCCAGCGAGGCGGGUCUAACUCAGACUGUCUUAAGCAGUGUUGGAGGCGGCGGCGGCGGCGGCUCCACUCACAAGCAGAGCUCGGAGAACUCUUUGAAAACCAUCGCUAGCCACCAAGACCAUUACAAGUCCUCCAGUUCAGACGCCAAGAAAGACCCCACUGAAGUGUGCACAGUAGGAGUACAACCAUACCUAUAGAAGUGCAAUCACACAGCAGCUAGGCAAGUAGGUGUCACAAUUGCUUUGAGAAAAGUCAACAAGCCAUCAUCUCUCCCCAAGCUAAUCUAUCUAUCUCUAUCUAUAUCUCUAACAAAACUUUAAAUCCGGAUCACAUCUUGUGCCACUGUAUAAAAGAAGACCACAGAGCACUAUUAAAUCUACAGACUCUCUCUAAUUAUUAAACCAGAAUUUUGUUGGACAUUAUGUGAGUUUGCUGGUAUAGUCUAGUUUUCCCCAAUGUAUGUGUGACUUCAAAAAAGAAAACAAAUCUGUUUUUUCUCAGGAUAUCUUGAAUUGAUCACUUCAUUGCCACGGUAUAUAUAUCUAUAUAUAUAUAUAUCUAUAUUCUGUAGGUGUGAUAGGAUUUAUUGUCAAACUCUUUGUAAAAGAUGCAUACUGUAGCGAUUAAUUAAAGAAACCGUGACUGAAGAACUUGAGUACUUACAAAGUGGAAAAAAUUUGAUAUUUAUUUUUAUAAUGAUAUAAGUAAGAGCUUCUAGUAAUUUAUGCAAGUUGUAUUGCAAUGGAAUCUCAACUCUUUUGUAAAUAAAUUAUGCCUGGUUUUUA